AUGCCCUACUAUCUAGGAGGUCAAAUUGCAUCAAGGGACAGUUUAAUUGUUACCGGAGUUGACACUCUCAGAAAGAGAUAUAAUAUUGAUCUUCGUAUUGAAACUGAAGUACUUUCCUUUGAUAGAACCCAAAAACAAGUAUUAUGCAAAACACCACUCAUAGAAUAUUUCGAAUGGUAUGACAAGUUAAUUUUGUCCGUUGGAGUUGAACCAUUUAUUCCACCACUGGAAGGAGUGAAACAUCCAAAAAUUCAUAUUUUGCGUUCUCUUGAGGAUAUGGAUCGAAUUAAGCAACAUGUGAAACCUGAGAAGAGAUGUGUGAUCAUUGGUGCUGGUUUUAUUGGAUGUGAGGUUGUUGAGGCCAUCACUCAUGCCGGUGUUAAGGGUAAUUAG